UCAUAAAGGCUGGUGCAUAACGAAACGUGCAGAAUACUGUACCUUUCUCUCGACUGAUAAAGCGUCACGGCAAUAUCGGCAGUGUUCCGCAGGACGUUUUUCGUGUUGUUUCCUUACCGAUUUUGAAGUCUUGUCACGCACGCACGCAUCAGGUUCCAAGCGCAUUCAACAACAAUGGCUGGACCGAUCUCGGACAUUAAAAAGCUAGAGUACGAUAUCCAUAAGUACUCUAGUUACUCGUCUUCCUAUUUGCCGGAAAACAUCCGGGAGGACAAUCCGUCGAAUCAAACAUCUCGUUGGUCAUCGAACACCAACACUCCGCCUCAGUUUUUGAUCCUAAAACUAGAUCGGCCGGCCAUUGUCACGCGUAUCAAGUUCGGGAAGUAUGAAAAAACACAUGUUUGUAAUUUGCGCAAAUUUAAAGUUCUGGGAGGAUUGGAGGAGGACCGCAUGAUGUUGCUGUUCGAGGGUGGGCUGAAAAAUGACUCAGUGCCAGAAAUAUUCAAUUUAAAACAUCGAACGAACUCGGGCGAGCUGUUACCGAUCAAGUUUGUCCAAAUUGUGCCUCUGCUCUCGUGGGGUCCGAGCUUUAAUUUCUGCAUCUGGUAUGUUGAACUACUAGGCAUCGAAGACUCGAUGUUCAUACUGACGAACCUACGCAAGUACAACAUGUUGCGAGAAGUGGAAAUCGUGCGUCUUUUCCUGAAGCACUGUCGUCAGCAAGGCUACGUAAGAGCGUUUGGCGUGUUGCAGGAAGAAACUGGCGUGCUGCUCGAAGAUGAUAAGAUGACCGAGUUGCACGAGAUACUUGUAAAUAGAGGGGAUUUUAAGAAGACUGAAGAGAUGCUGAUGGAUUUUAUCGCCAGAGGUCUAAUGGAUGAUUAUUUGGAACGACAGGAGUAUAAACCACAUUGGAAUCUGCAACUGACAUCCGAGAACGAACCACGGCCCGGACGUCGGGGUGGUCAUCAACUCAUUAUUGACCCCCAAACGAGCACGAUCUAUCUGUAUGGAGGUUGGGAUGGCAAUGAAGAUUUGAGCGAUCUCUGGUCGUACGAUGUACGAUCGAAUCGCUGGACGAUGAUACAUGAAAGGUCGGAACUUUUCGACGGCCCGACUCCGCGUGCAUGUCAUAAGAUGGUGUACGACACUAGUAGCUCGCAGAUUUUUAUGCUCGGUCGGUACUUGGACAGCGCGUCGCGCACGGAGGAAAACAUUAACAGCGACUUCUAUCUCUACAAUACGGUCACCAAGAGCUGGUUUAUGAUCUGCAGCGAUACAAGCCAGGUCGGCGGACCGCAGCUGGUUUUUGACCAUCAAAUGUGCAUCGAUGUGGAAAAGCAAACGAUCUACGUGUUUGGAGGCCGUAUUUUGGAGCCCAAUUACAGAGUUUCUUUGUCAUUUAGAAACGAGGAGGAAACGACGGGCCAGUAUCGGUAUUCCGGUUUGUUCUCGUACCACAUUAGCACACACACCUGGACUCACAUUCUGGUGGAUUGCGAGCAUCCUAGUGCAUCUAGCCCUCACGUGCAGAGCAUCCGAUCGCGGGUGACACAUUCAAUGCUAUUCCAUCACAAACAUCGUAAGCUCUACAUUUUCGGUGGGCAGCGCGGUAAGGAAUAUAUGGUCGACUUUCUCAUAUACGACGUAGACUCCAACGAAUUGUCGAGUAUGACUCCUGAAAACAGCAACGCUGAUGCUAAGAACGUACCCCAAUCUGGAUUCACUCAACGAGCGACAAUCGAUUGCCAAAAAGACGAAAUAUAUGUUUUGACGAGUCUGAGCAAGGAGAAGGAACGACGUGAUCUGAAUAUCAAUUCGUUCUGGCUUUUUUCCUUAACGAAAAAAGAAUGGUCCUGCGUUUACAAAAGUGAACACUCGAACGGGGAAAAUUGCUACCAAAAAAAUCAGAGUCCAUGCCACGAACCCUGCCCACGUUACGCGCAUCAGAUAGUUUACGAUACAACGAAUCAAGUGCAUUUUCUGUUUGGUGGUAACCCUGGCACGAAUUCGAAUCUUCGCCUCGACGACUUCUGGGUGUUGAAGUUGGAAAAACCAAAUCGCGAAAAUAUUCUGCGCUACUGCAAGUACCUGUUGCGCAAGCAAGAGUACGAGGAGAUCACGAAGAACGAUCCUCUCUCAGCCAUAGUAUACCUUCAGACAAAGCUGUACGACAUCAUCGAUCAUGGUGAUCCAGUGCAGCUCAAGGAAUUUCACAAACUUGCCUCACUCUUGUUCAAAUCGGACAUCACGGCAGGAGAAGGUGAAACCGAACCGAUUAGUUUGCUGACAUGUUCUCUUGUAGGAAGUAAUGGUGGUGGUAGCAAACACAAACAGAAACCAUCAUCGCGGGAAGAUGAAAACUGCCGGAAAGGAGAGGCAAACAUAGCUGCCAAAGUAAUGCGUGUAGAAUCACCGAAAAGUGUGAUCGACGAACUCGAUACUUCCAGCAUCAGCUCGAUGAGCAGUAGCGAUUGCUCGAAUUCGCUGGCUACUACUACCUUUACACAGAAGACAAAUGCAGAGAGUUCUACGCGUGGGACAAAUGUUUCGAAAACAGGAAGUAGUGCAAUUAAAAUUGAAUCAACUGCUGCAAGCGCAUUUGAUUCCAAACAAACAACGCCAUCGACUUCGCAUGCCAUAGCAGGAACUCGAAAUCGGAUCAUCGACCAACAAUUUGAAAUGAAAAUUAGACGUUGCCUGUUAUUUAACAAACUGGUCGACCUUAUGCCCGAAGCGCUCUGUCAACCGAAGAAAAACAUUAGCGAUUAUGUGCUCCUAUAAUGAACGAAUUUUUCCAAUUUCAACUUGUUGAGUGUUGGUCCGGGUUAAAGCUUCAAAAUAUUACACCGCAACUUGAUUUUCUGUUUCAUUAAUUAUGGACAAAGCCAUGUUUGUAUCAUUUAAUUUGGUUAAAUUAUAUAAAAUUCAAAUUCUGAAAAAGGUUUUUUUGACACAUGCAUUCAAUGUUGAAAUGUAAGGUAUAUUAGCGUAUGUCUAUAUGAGGCUCAGGUUGCUCUGCCCUGGCAGUAGAGGGCGGCUAAAAGUUUAAGUACUGGUGCUUCAUCUCAGAAGCAAAGGCAUAGUUAUUUGUGCCAGUUACGAAACUAAAACUCAACACUGUAACACUUCGUAUAAAACUGAUUGCUUAUGUUUAUUUUUUUCAUCGUCUUCAGCCUUGGCCCCAGCCAAUCGAAUCAGACCCGGAAAAAUAGGUGGUUUCACUUGUACAGAAACAGGACUCUUGAAGAAUCAUUAAUUUGCAACAAAUUCGAAUUUGUCACCGCAGUAAAUCCAGGUUUUAUCGUACAGAAUUCGUUUGAUUCGCUAACAAUCAUUCAACCUCAUAACCUUCUAACAAAUUCUAAUUUCAUAAAUUCUUUGUUAUGGGAAUAAAAUUAUAUUAUAAGAA